UCCAGGCGUCACUGACUGUGGGUCAGGGCGUUGCGAGCUGAGCUUGAGGAAACAGGCGGGGGCCAGGCCGAGCAGUCGUCUUCUCUAUAUUCGGCGAACUAAUGUUUAAUCUUUAGUAAAUAUGGAUUUCGACGCGUUAUUUAACGAGAAGACGUUCCAGUUUUCGGACUUCCAGGAGUUUACGUUUCUUCCAGGACACCAAAAGUUGACUGAACGGGUGAGAAAGCGGCUGUAUUAUGGCCUGGACAAAGAUGUUUCUUUAGAUGCCCUCUCCUGCCCCGUUACAGAUAUUGCUGUCGAAAUCUUCCAGAAAUCUGCCCCAAGCCCAAUACGUAAGCUCCAGAAGAAGUAUGCUGCUCAUGUUGCCAGGGAGGCUUGCAUCUCUCCGUGUGCCAUGAUGCUGGCUUUAGUUUACAUCGAAAGGCUCCGACAUAGAAACCCUGAAUACUUGCAAAAGAUCUCCUCCUCUGACCUCUUCUUGAUCUCUAUGAUGGUUGCCAGCAAAUACCUGUAUGACGAAGGGGAGGAAGAAGAGGUGUUCAAUGAUGAAUGGGGAGCAGCUGGGAAGCUGGAUGUCCAAACUGUCAAUAACCUUGAGAUGAAGUUCUUGAAUGCCAUUGAGUGGAGCCUCUUCACGGAGCCAAACGACUUCUUCGACAUACUAAGUCAGCUGGAGACCAGCAUUGCAGAACGUCAGGGGAUGAAACGUGGCUGGUUCACCUACACUGACCUCUGUGUGCUGUUGGAGCAGUCUGCAUGGAGUCACGCCCUCACAGCCAUCUACCAGCACUUUACCAAGGUUUCCUGUAUGCUCGGCCUGGUCUAUCUAACCAGUGUGGCUGGCCUCAUUGCCACCAGUGCUGUGCUGCACCAGCUCAGCCUCUCCAGAAGCGGCCAGUCUCUGCUUCCACUUCCCGGUGAGAUCAACUUGGGCCACCUUCAGACUUCCCACUUAAACCCAGAAGCUCCCGCUGCAACCCAACGCCUCCCAUGUUGUGUUCUGGCCAACAAGAGUCUGAGCCGUCAGGUCGGCGCUCCUGGAAUCAGCCAGGACCACAGACAGCCGUCGGCCUCCACACAGACGUCAGUGCUGUGUCUCUGGGGCUCCUUCCUCGCCUCGAUGGGUCACAUACAUCCUGAAACUAAAUCUGAAACCUCCCCACACUGGUCUGCUGCUUCCUUCAUCUGCCCCGGCUGUCUCGCAACCCUCCCUCCUCUGCAGUGUGGGCUUCGAAACACCUCAGCACUCCUCAUUGAAGGUCCCCUUGAUAACCAGCAGCACCGUGCAUCCUGGCUCUCCUCCAGCCUCCUCGGAUCUGCUGAACCUGAUCUGAACUCUCACCUGGCGGGGUUUCCUCCUGUGCAGCUGCGACCCUGCCAUCUGGACUCUCUGCUGCCUGUGGACAAAGUCCAAGCUCUGCUCAUGCCUGGUUAGGGACAGCACAGCUUGUCAACCUGUAGUGACAGACUCUGGAAAUUAAACCAGCAUUGUUUCAUGACUCAUUAACAGCCACACGUCAUGCUUUUGUUUACUUUUUCAGAUCUAGAAUGCAGGUGCAAAGAUGAGAGUAGUUCAUCGCUUUUGGGAGGGUUUGAUGAAAUUCACUUAUGGGAUGAAUUUGACACAAGAUGCCAUAUUCUUCUGUUGAUCCUCUGAAACUUAUUACGCAUAUGAAGAUCAUUUAAUGUUUUUCAUAGCUGAAAACUUUUUGCCACGCAUAUUUAUCAUAUAUGAAAGUUCACAGCUGUCGGAUGGUGAUGUAGGGCCUUUUGCAAUGAAUGUGUUUUGAGUUAUUUUGUCACAGCUGUAAGGCUAAAGCUGGUCGCUGCUUGGCAGGUUGACGAAUGUGUGUGAAGGGUAUGGGGCAUAUCUGAAAGAUUCACAGCAAGUGUUUUGUUUUUAAUGGUCGCGCUCUGUCGGAAGAAAACCAGCUUGCUCCACAUUUGCAUAUCGUAGUUUGCUUUGCGCAGGUACAGGUUUACAUCAGACGUUGGUCAUACACAAGCUGCAAGCACUGAGUUUGUUCACCAGUUUGUUUGUUUUUUGCAGCAGAGUCUCCUGUUGUUCCCUUUUACCUCAGAGAAAGCAGUGUUGUAGCAUCAGUUGCUGCACAGAAAUCCAAAACUCCUCCUAUUCUGGUUAUUUACGGCUGGUUUUGGUCGUCUUUCUGUCUGCAGUUACAAUAUUCAUCAGAUUUUGUGUGGCACCAGGAUGUUAAAGUCACUUCCCUGUUUGGCCAAAUGGAAGAGAUUCACCUCUAAGUUCUCCCAUGUGGAUGGUCACUAUUACGGAUGGGCUUCUGGGGUUUCAUGCAGUUUCUAGUUUGUUUUUGUAUAUAACACCUUAAAGGCUAACUGCAGUGUUACUUUUACCGAUCUGGAAUUUGCACAUCUUGCUCCAUUCUUUUUUUUAUUGGAUAUUUCUCUCCAUUAUCACUGUGUCGUCAUAUCUUUUAAACACCUGAAAGAAAGAAAGGAAAAAAAAAAACAUGUAAAGAAUCGAUUAUUUUUAUGUAUGCGGGUUACCCACAUUUACUUUGUAAUUGAACCUUUGACAAAUUUGAUACAUUUUGGAGCAGGAAGUCCUUUAAUUUUGUACAUGGUGUAAAAUGCAAAUAUUGUAAAAUGUGUAGAAAAACAACAGAAUUCAUUAAAAAAUGAUGCAUUUCUUUGAGAAA